ACUAACUAAUCUUAUCAAAGCUAUCUAUAUACAACCAAAGACGUUGAAAGUCCAUCAAAUAUCAGAGUAUAAAUAAGGGAACCGUAAAGGCGAAACUGGGCUAUGACCGAAAAUGUAUAGGGGGACAAAUACAGGGACAAAUACAGGGACAAACGGACCACAAUAAGAAAUAAUGAGAUCAGGAUGAAGUUAUGAAACUGCACAAAAUGAAAUAUAACAUUUGACGAAGACCAUGGCUAUGUCUAAAUCUUUACAGGAGGGGCAGGCUCCAAUAUCCUGUCAACUGUGCGAGGAAUCUAGUGAAAUCAAAUGGAAAUGUCUGCAAUGAAACUUCCUCGUGUGUUCAAGAUGUAAGAACAUUCACCAAAAAGUUAAAUCAUCAGACCAGCAUAAAAUAAUUGAUAUCAAAGACAUAGCUGAAUACCAAGAGUAUUCCAGUGAUCCAGAUUUUCACAGUAUUGAAUGUGGGGUUCACACUGGACAAAUAUGUUGCUUAUAUUGUCAAACCUGUGAGGAAGUUGUCUGUCCAUCAUGUAUAGCAAAAACCCAUAAUGAACACAAGAUGACUGUAAUGAAUGAGGCUUAUGACUUGGCUAUGGAGUCAAUUAAAUGUAUGAACUCUGAAGUAAAACAGAAAUUAUCAGAAAUAUUUAGUGGGAAAUCUAAACUUGGAGCUAUAAAAUCUUCUGAAAAACUUAAACUUGAUACAGAGAAGAAGAAAGUUCUUAAUCAAGAUAAUCUUUUAAAAGAUGAAGUGAACAAGUUGACACGAAAAAUUUUAAAUGAACUUGAUCAGAAACAUAGGGAACUGAUGAAGUCAGUAAAUCAUGAGGAAAAUAAAUCUGAAAAACAACUCCAGGAUUUAGAACUUAGAAAUAACAUUAUAAGCAAAGCUGUAAGUUCUAACAAUGCCAUUCAAGUCUUCCGCACAUAUAAAGAGGAGAAAAUUGCAGAGGAAAUGAAAGCACUUCAGAUAACCACAAAGUUUAAAAAGCUUCCAGAAUUUUUUCCAGGCAAUAUACAAAGUUUUGAGUUGUUGUAUGGAAAGUUACAUGAACCUGAAGACAAAUACACUGACCUGUUCAAUAAUUUUGAAUUUAAAGUUAUACAACAGUAUAAAACUGAUUUGCCACUUGUUGAAGAUUUAGUCUGUUGUGAUGAUGGAUUUAUGUGGAUAAGCUUUACUAAUGGAAAAGUUGUACAGAAAAUAAGCUUUUCUAAAGGAUCAACAUUUACCCUGCAAGCCUAUGAAGUGUCUCCAUUAAGCAUUGCGUUAUUACCAUCAGGAGACUUGCUAAUUUCAUCUAUGGAAUCUUACCUCAAUAUACUUUCUAAGAGCACAGACACAAUAACAGAGUCAAAAUACCGAGUUGCUCCUCUCCAAACAGUUGCAGUUCAUGUAACCAAAACCAAUCAGAUAAUUGUAGGGGCAAGAGAGAAAGGACCACCAUUCCCUGUCAAUGGUCCCAGACAAGUUAUUAUAAUGAAUAUGCAAGGCAAGAAAAAGAAGAGGUAUCACUUGGACAACAAGGGAAACCCUAUUUUUUCACAGCCACGAUCAAUAACUACUGAUGGUGACAAUAACAUUUAUGUUUUGGAUUUACUAUCAAUAGACAAGUGGCAAGGUAGGAUAGUCGCUUUAUGCAAUAGUAAUGGAGUGAAGUGGACAUAUGAUGGAAAUCAAAUGGCAAAUAAGGAACAAUUAUUUGCACCUUUUAGUUUUGUGACUACACCAUUAAACAAUAUCGUUGUUGCAGAUAACAACCAUAUGCUUCAUAUACUGAACCAAACAGGAGAAUGCAUCCAUUUCCUGCAUACAAAGGAGUUUGACAUCCACUGGCCAAGAUCCCUCGACAUUGACAAAAGUGGAACCCUGUACAUUGGGUGUAAAAUAUACAAUAAAUGGAACCCCUGGGAGGCAAAAAUACAUGCUGUUCAAUUCUCUGGAUUCUGAGCAUGAUAAAGAAGUUAUUUUCAUAACUUGAGAUGAAAUUUAAUUCCAAUAAACUGAGAAAUCAUGAUGUUUGGUUACCAAUUCAAUAAGGGUUCUUUUUGUAAAAUUAACAUCUUUAAAAAUACAAGCAUACAUGUAAAUAA